GUCGUUACUUAAGCGCCAUCUUCUGGUCAAAAUAUAAGUUGAUUUUGAUUUUGAAACAUUCUAGAAAUCAAUAUAGAACAUAGAAUAAUUUCACUAUCGUGUUUAAAAUCAAAUAAUUUGUGUCCCUGUCAGACCUGUCUAAGGUUAAUAUGAAAAAGGCAACCCCAAAAAUGCAUUUCCCUUCAACUUCCGGAAGUACGUAAUACUUAACAUGGCCGCUUUCAUAACAAUUUCUCUUUGACUCAUAUGCUGCAGUUUUGUCGUUUUAUCCACCAUUUCUGACUCUAUUCUUCGCUGAAACUUCCUCGGAUGAAAGCUCUACAGAAUGCCCAAAUAUUAUGAGGAUAAAGAGGAAGAUGGGCGUGCCUGCGCUGGAAUCAGAGAGGAUUUUAAAGCCUGUCUCCUUCAGCAUGACUGUGUAGUGAAGGAAGGCAAGAUGCCCAGCGAGUGUCUCAAGGAGGGACAUUGCAAAGGCUUGCAGGUGGCUUUCUUUGAGUGCAAGAGAUCCAUGCUGGACACACGAUCUCGAUUCCGAGGCAGAAAGGGAUACUGAGUAACAGCUACCUUCUAUUUAAUGUGAAGAUGUGAAUAAUAGUUAUUUUAUGCAUAUGUUUCUUUGAAGAUCCAAUUGUACAAUCCAAACUCAUUAUUUGGAAACACAAUGACCUGCAUCAGUGUAAAAUGUCAUU